AUGGCCUUUUCAGUUUCUAGCGUUUUCCCUAAAGUUGUCUCCUUUCUUUCGUCUCUUGCACGACAAGCCAAAACAGCACGUCCAUCCAUCACUUUCGACGAGGAAGAAGAACAGAGGCCACAUGAGAAGACGACGAUAGUGGAGGUCGACGCCGUGAGCAUCGCUAGCAAGCCAGGUCGGUGCCGUCUCCUUGAGAUCGGGGCAAAAGAAAGACAACUAGUCGAGGCAAAGGAGGUGGCAGAGGUCGAGGUAGCAAAAGAAGGGGCACAUCACAUUAGGCUCCAAUUGGAAGCUUUCAUCCAUUUGCUAAAGAAAUGCAAACAAAUGUGGCAACAAUGGAUCUGUUCUCAACUCAAGAGACUCAAUGGAACCUGCUUUUCAAGAACAUGUGUUGCUUUUUUGAAUCGGCCAACUCUAGACAUAGAUUUUGAAGAACCUGCUCAAGACUUGAUUUUGAAGAACCUAUUUUUUUUUUGGAAGGUUGUUACAAUAUUCAUAUAUUUUGAAGACUGCUUAUUAUAAAGCCUAAACUGAGUGUUGUUGGUUUCCUUUUGUAAAACACUUACAAUGACUGCUUGUUUGCUUAUUCUAAAGCCUAAACUGAAUGUUGUUGGAUUCAUUUUGUAAAGCACUUAAGUACUCACUUUGGUUAAUCAAUGAAUAUGUUGUCCAACUCA